AUGUCGACACUCGCCCAGUCGUGGCUCCCACAGCCUUACCACCAGCUCGGCUUCACACCUAUGCCCAUGUGGGAUAUCCCCUUUCCUUUGACCACAGACAACGCCCAGUAUCCUGCUUGUCUCCAGACCACGGCGACUGCCUCCCCCCUGGUCGGAAAUCAGCCAAGCAACUAUCCCUCAACCUUCUGGCCCUCCGAUUCCCCAUCAUCCAGUCAAGGCCCUACAAGCGCAGCGUUCCCUGGCGUCUUUACACACGGUCUGUCAGACCACCGUAUUUCUCAGGUUUCUUCGCAGCAGAGCCACGCUCAGCACACUGAGAAGACGACGUCUCCGUCCGCGCCAGCCGGAGAAUCGACCACCGAGUUCUUUGACGAUUCAGCGCCGCCCCCCGCCAAGCGACGUCGUGGUCGUCCCAGGAAGCAACUUUCCUUCAGCAGCGAGUCCGGCUCUCUGUGUUCCGACGCACUCCCCGCCGACAGGCACGAGCGCAGGCGUGUGCUGGAGCGCAACAGGCUGGCCGCCACCAAGUGCCGGAACCGCAAGAGGGACGAGACCAAGGACCUCGAGGCGCAGGAGCAAGAGGCCCAGGAGCGAAACCGCCAUCUCUCGGCCACGGUCGCCCAGCUGCGAACCGAUCUUGUGGAUCUCAAGACGCAGCUCCUACGCCAUACCGACUGCCAGUGUACCGUAAUCCAGAAGUACAUUGCCCACCACGCAGAGAAGGCCGUGGGCGAACUCAUCGAGUCACCCUCGCAUAUAAGCAUGCCUCGUCGUUCUUCGACCAAAUCGGAUGAUGUGGGCGACGGACACACGCUCUGGUUCGAGAGGCUACCGUCCUCGAUGCCUCAGCGGAACCCGAUCCAGGCCGGCACUGGCUUUGUUGAUCCGUAUACGACGUUGCCAUCGCAGUCGCACAUGGUGGACACGCCACCGCUGGCUUGGCCGCCUGAAGAACAGCAGCAUCAUCACAUGCAUGCCAUGACGGGCGUGGUGCCCACAGACCGCCACGCCCUAAAGCAACCCCAGCCAGUCCAGCAGCAGGGAUGCUGGGCGAAUUGGGCACAAUAG